UUACUGACCAUAUAGGGCCAUAUUUUUUAUAUGCCUGUUUACAAUUUUCGAAAAUGCACGCUGGUACUUGAGGGAGACUACUAUUAGUAUCCCAUUUCAUCAUCUUUAAAAAUUCUAGGUAGGUGCAUGUGCCUACUUUUUCAGGGCAAAAUGAAGUUAUAUUCGGAUCCAGGAAACCAGCACACUCUGAAAGCAAUAGUUGCUGCUGCAUUAGCAAAUGUGAAGCUAGAUGUUCAAUCUGUGAGCAUUUCAGACUGCAAGGUGUCAUACCUAAGAAGAAGCAGACUUCCAGCUCUUGAGAUAUCACCAACUGAGUUCAUCUUUUCUGCAAACAACAUUUGCAGGUAUAUCCUGACCAACAGUUCAGAGCAAUCUUGGGAGUUGAAAGUUGAAGAAUGGGUUGAAUGGGAGAGCACCCAUUUACAGACUAUACUUGCACCUUACCUGAAUGCGGUCUUUGGAGGAGGAAAAAAGAAUACCGAAUCUCUGAAGCUUCCAUUCUCAAGACUGAAUGAUGCACUUGUCAAUAAACAAUACCUAGUAGGAACAAAACUGACAGCAGCUGAUAUCAUAAUAUGGUGUGCCCUGUACCCAGCCAUUGCUGAUAACCCAAGUCUGUGUGCUGAUUACAAGUAUCUUCAAUCCUGGUUCCAGGGCCUUGCAUCACAAGAUAGCUUUCAGAAUGGUGUUGCUACGGUGACAUCAGGGAAGGGGGCAUGUGCCUUCAAGGACUCCAUCUUGUCUCAACAUGUUAAGAUUCCAAUGUCUGAUGCAGGUCAUGGACAACAGGCAGCUAGUAGUCAGGCCUCAGAAGGGCAGGAUGAGAGCAAAAAGGACAUUCCACCUGAAGAAAUAGCAGCAGCUAAGGCAGCUUUCACCAGAGGAAGAAAGUCAUUACCUAAAGUGACCGAGAGAGUUCAUCCAAUACUACCUCAACCGUCUGGGAAGAACAUCCUCAUUACCAGUGCUCUUCCAUAUGUGAACAAUGUACCUCAUCUAGGAACUAUUAUUGGAUGUGUUCUUAGUGGGGAUGUCUUCUCCAGAUUCUGUCGUCUCAGGAACUACAAUACCCUUUACAUCUGUGGCACAGAUGAGUAUGGAACAGCUACUGAAACCAAGGCAUUAGAAGAAGGUAUGACACCACAACAGAUAUGUGACAAAUACCAUGCACUUCAUAGAGACAUCUACAAGUGGUUUAAUAUCGACUUUGACUUCUUCGGUAGAACCACAACACAGAAGCAAACAGAGAUCGCUCAAGAUAUCUUCUUCCGUCUUCAUGCCAACAAUCAUAUUCUAGAGGAUACAGUAGAACAGCUCCUGUGUCAGAAGUGCAAUCGCUUCCUUGCUGAUCGCUUUGUAGAAGGAAUCUGUCCACUCUGUACUUAUGAAGAUGCCAGGGGUGACCAGUGUGAUAAAUGUGGAAAGCUCAUCAACGCAACAGACCUCAAAAAACCUAGAUGUAAAGUGUGCAGUGCUACUCCUGUCAUUAAGAGUUCAAAGCAUCUGUUUGUAGACCUACCCAAACUGGAACCUGCCCUCAAGGCGUUCUUACAGAAGUCUACAUCUGAAGGAAACUGGUCUUCCAAUGCCAAGCUCAUUACAAACUCAUGGAUUAGGGAUGGACUAAAACCAAGGUGCAUCACCCGUGAUUUGAAGUGGGGUACACCUGUUCCAUUGGAAGGAUACACAGAUAAGGUGUUUUAUGUAUGGUUUGAUGCUCCAAUUGGCUAUCCGUCCAUCACAGCAAAUUACACUGAUCAAUGGGAAAAAUGGUGGAAAAACCCACAACAGGUUAAACUAUACAACUUCAUGGCCAAAGACAAUGUGCCAUUCCAUAGUGUGAUAUUUCCUAGCUGUUUGAUAGGUGCUGAUGAUAACUACACCAAGGUCAAUCAUUUAAUAGCAACAGAAUACCUUAACUAUGAAGACACCAAGUUUUCCAAGAGCCGUGGUAUCGGUGUGUUCGGUGACAAUGCCCAGUCAACAGGUAUCCCAGCAGACAUCUGGCGGUUCUAUCUCCUUUUCAUCAGACCAGAGUCUCAAGAUAGUGCCUUCAGCUGGGCAGACUUUGUCUGGAAGAACAACAGUGAGCUUCUUAACAACCUUGGUAACUUCAUCAACAGAGGAUUAACAUUCCUAGAGAAGAGUUUUGACAGUGCAAUUCCUGAGAUAAGAUUAGAGAAUGAAGAUGAGAGAUUGAUUGCAGAGAUCAACCGAGAGCUAAAGAGCUACAUUGCAUUGCAAGAGAAAGUCAAAAUCCGUGAUGCCUUGAAGCACAUCCUCAAUAUAUCUCGUCUUGGUAAUCAACAUAUUCAAGCAAAUAAGCCAUGGGUUCUAGUCAAAGGAAAUCCUCAAGAAAAAGUACGUGCUGGUACUGUGAUAGGUCUGGCAGCUAACAUAUCCUGCCUCCUCUCAGUCAUGCUACAACCGUUCAUGCCAGAGACAAGUGCCACCAUCAAAGCCCAGCUCCAGGCUCCUGAUGAAUGCUAUGUCUUGGGCGAAGACUUUGUUUGUUACCUGGACAAGGGACAUAGGAUAGGAAAGCCAAGUCCACUUUUUUCUAAGAUUGAACCAGCUCAGGCUGAAGAAUUUAAAAAGAGAUUUGCUGGGAAACAAGAAAAAGUUGGAAGUGCAUCUAAGCCCAGUGGAGGAUCAAGUGCCCCAGCCCCGGCCCCGGCAGCACCCUCUCCUAGCAACCAAGCUGCUCCAGCUGGACCCCAGGAGGUGGAGAGACUUACUGCAGAGGUUACAGCUCAGGGAGAAAAAGUUCGAAAAUUGAAAGGCGAGAAGACUGAUAAGACAGUGGUGGAUGCAGAGGUCAAGCUUUUACUUGAUAUAAAACGAAAAUUAGCAAUUGCUUCUGGUCAGGAUCCUGAUGCUACUACUAAGUCGAAGGGAAAAAAUAAAAAGAAAAGUGGAAAAAAGUAGAGAAAUGAAGAGUAAGCUGAUUCAAAAGUGUUAUGUACUUAUGCAACACUGUCAAUUGGACAUCAGGAUAUGUGAAUUUGAUAGAUUAUGCUGUUAUUUAUAAUUCUCAAGCUGUCUAUUUAUUAGAUAGUCAAUGUUUCAUAGGUCAUUAUUAAAUUACAGCUUCUUCAUGGGUUUUAUGGACCCUAUUUCAUAAAGGGAUAUAUGAACAAUACUUGUUAACAAUAAUUUUCCUGUAAUAAAAAUUCAUUCUUAUACUAAUAUUGAUUCAAUAUUUGCGAAUGAUAUUCUGUUUUUCACUUCUGGUUCUUGUAAUGGCUAUUUCAAUUUACAUUUUAUCUGGGCCAAUGUAUAAAACAAUAGUGCACGAUAUUUAUUAAUCAUUUCAUUCAACUAUCCAUUUAAAUUUUCUUUCCUGUGUUUCAUUCAUGCCAUAUUGUCACUUCCAGGUGUCACUUUUUGCAAAUAAAAAUGUAUCUGCAUAUAUAUUUCAUGUUGAAUUCAAUUCUGUGUAAAUGCUCACAGUAUUCCCUUAUAUACUUGUGAAAGUGAUUUUUUUAAUUCAAAUUUUAAACAUUAUUUUCUCCCUUUCAUCAUUUUAUGAAAAAUGUAUAUUUGUAUUUUCUACUUUGUUCAGGGGCUUUUCUUUUUUCCAUUUAUAAAUAUUUAUAAGAUUAAAUAAUGGAUCCUCAUCAAAUAAUCGGUUGUUUGCAUGCACUCGAUUUGGUAUUCAAUUUCCCACAUUCAUUUUUGCAAAUCUACUUAAAUUGGGUGAUGAGCAGUCAUAAAUAAAUGAUGACUGGUUUGGUUUUGAAAUGAGGAUGGCUUAUUAAAUCACAAUGCACCACAUCAUCAUCUUAUAAAAGAAAAAAAGAGAACUCAUCAUAUGUUAUGGGCAUUUGUAUAAUUAUCCAACCUCUUUCCCUUUGAAACAGUCUAAACACCCUCGGCUAUGCCUUUGUGUAGUUUAAUAGGUUCAUUGUGUGUAUGUGGUUCUUAUUAUUGACCUCACAUGCAUGUUGCAUUAUAUAGCUGUGUUGGCGAGUCACUUAAUCAUUGCAUGCAUACACGUGCAAUAAUUUUCUAACCAUUAUUCAUUUGAUCUUUUUUCUGGCCUACUUGUACAUUAUGUUCUUUAGAAAUUCUAUGGCGCAUUAGUUCCCACAAGUGAUUGGGUUUCAAGUCCCUAGAAACAUCCUGUCAAAUUUACACAGUACCUGAACAUAAUAUACAUUACAUUUUUCUUACGAAUUUAAUUAAGAAGGGCAGAAUAUAUUGAAUUUUCAAAAGUUUCCUUCCUGCAUUUUUAUGUAUUGUGACUUUUUUCUUGACAUAUUCAAUCCAGAAUGUUAAUGAGUUUUUAUGCUAUUGGCUAAAUGUAUGCUUUCUGUAGAGGAAAGGGUAUAUGUAAAGAAGUGGAUAUUUUUUAAAUGGAAGAUUUGUGAAAUAAGCUAAAAUAAUCAAACUAGGAGAUAACUCCUUUAAAUACAGUUACUUAAUCUUGCAUACAUGCAGUCUGUAUUUAGAUAGAAGAUAGCCAGUACUAGAACAUGAAAGUUCUUUUGCCCAAAUUCACAGGUUUAACCCAGACUAAGUUUAUGAAGUGCAUUUUAAUAAAAAAUUAAAAAGUUCACAUGGCCUAUUCAUGCUCCUGAUACAAAUAUACAAUUGGAUAAACUUCAUUGUACACUAAUGCUUUAAAACAUUAGUAGGAGGUUCAAAGCCCCAUUGUGAAUUUGUGAUUAUUCCUAUGUCAUUGAAUCAAUGCUGGAAAAAAAUUCUUGUAUUGAUUUGAAUUGACAAUGAAAGCCAGACCAAGGCAACAGUUAUUUUAUCCAAUCUCGUGUAUACAGAUGAUAUCAAUCAAUGCGAACAUAUGAUUUUAAAUUUCUUACCAUUUCAUUAGGUGAAUGAUUAUACCAAGAGCUUCAGUGUCUGUACAUUGGUUGUUUUGCUGAACUAUGUUGGCUACAGUCACAGUAUGGGAAUGAUAGUAAAAUGUCAGAAAUUGUGAAAUAAAUCCCCAGAAAAGACAGUUAUUCCUGUCUAGUGGAUGGUAACCCUAUGUUGCCAUUGCUAUUCCAUAUUAUUGUGGUAAUGAUAUAUGUCAUUUUAUUAUUUCUGCAAAAUGUAUUUGAUACUAAAUAUUUAUCAGGAUAAUGAUGAUUUUGGGGGACAUUUUAUGAUUUAGGUAAUGGAAUCAGACUGGCAGGAAAUUAUUUUUAAAAUGAUAUCAACCAUUGAAAAUGUAUUCAUACAGUGUAUCCACCUGAUGGACUUAAUUGUUUGACUGCAAUAAAUUUAAAAAUCAUUUAUAUAACAUCUACAAACCAA